AUGGCAACGUACACCGACCCACCUCCAGCCAUCCCAUUUCCCUGUGCUGCUAUGGCAACGUACACCAACCCACCUCCAGCCAACCCAUUUACCUGUGCUGCUAUGGCAUCGUACACCGACCCACCUCCAGCCAUCCCAUUUACCUGUGCUGCUAUGGCAACGUACACCGACCCACCAUCAGCCAACCCAUUUACCUGUGCUGCUAUGGCAAUGUACACCGACCCAUCUCCAGCCAACCCAUUUACCUGUGCUGCUAUGGCAACGUACACCGACCCACCUCCAGCCAUCCCAUUUACCUGUGCUGCUAUGGCAACGUACACCAACCCACCUCCAGCCAACCCAUUUACCUGUGCUGCUAUGGCAAUGUACACCGACCCACCUCCAGCCAACCCAUUUACCUGUGCUGCUAUGGCAACGUACACCAACCCACCUCCAGCCAACCCAUUUACCUGUGCUGCUAUGGCAACGUACACCGACCCACCAUCAGCCAACCCAUUUACCUGUGCUGCUAUGGCAACGUACACCAACCCACCUCCAGCCAUCCCAUUUACCUGUGCUGCUAUGGCAACGUACACCAACCCACCUCCAGGCAACCCAUUUACCUGUGCUGCUAUGGCAACGUACACCGACUCACCUCCAGCCAACCCAUUUACCUGUGCUGCUAUGGCAACGUACACCGACCCACCAUCAGCCAACCCAUUUACCUGUGCUGCUAUGGCAACGUACACCAACCCACCUCCAGCCAAUCCAUUUAACUGUGCUGCUAUGGCAACGCACACCGACCCACCUCCAGCCAUCCCAUUUACCUGUGCUGCUAUGGCAACGUACACCGACCCACCUCCAGCCAUCCCAUUUACCUGUGCUGCUAUGGCAACGCACACCGACCCACCUCCAGCCAUCCCAUUUACCUGUGCUGCUAUGGCAACGUACACCGACCCACCUCCAGCCAUCCCAUUUACCUGUGCUGCUAUGGCAACGUACACCGACCCACCUCCAGCCAACCCAUUUACCUGUGCUGCUAUGGCAACGUACACCGACCCACCUCCAGCCAUCCCAUUUACCUGUGCUGCUAUGGCAACGCACACCGACCAACCUCCAGCCAUCCCAUUUACCUGUGCUGCUAUGGCAACGUACACCGACCCACCUCCAGCCAACCCAUUUACCUGUGCUGCUAUGGCAACGCACACCGACCCACCUCCAGCCAUCCCAUUUACCUGUGCUGCUAUGGCAACGUACACCGACCCACCUCCAGCCAUCCCAUUUACCUGUGCUGCUAUGGCAACGUACACCGACCCACCUCCAGCCAACCCAUUUACCUGUGCUGCUAUGGCAACGCACACCAACCCACCUCCAGCCAACCCAUUUACCUGUGCUGCUAUGGCAACGUACACCUACCCAUCUCCAGCCAACCCAUUUACCUGUGCUGCUAUGGCAACGUACACCGACCCAUCUCCAGCCAACCCAUUUACCUGUGCUGCUAUGGCAACGUACACCGACCCAUCUCCAGCCAACCCAUUUACCUGUGCUGCUAUGGCAACGUACACCAACCCACCUCCAGCCAAUCCAUUUACCUGUGCUGCUAUGGCAACGUACACCAACCCACCUCCAGCCAACCCAUUUACCUGUGCUGCUAUGGCAACGUACACCGACCCACCUCCAGCCAUCCCAUUUACCUGUGCUGCUAUGGCAACGUACACCGACCCACCUCCAGCCAUCCCAUUUACCUGUGCUGCUAUGGCAAUGCACACCGACCCACCUCCAGCCAACCCAUUUACCUGUGCUGCUAUGGCAACGUACACCGACCCACCUCCAGCCAUCCCAUUUACCUGUGCUGCUAUGGCAACGUACACCGACCCACCUCCAGCCAACCCAUUUACCUGUGCUGCUAUGGCAACGUACACCGACCCACCUCCAGCCAACCCAUUUACCUGUGCUGCUAUGGCAACGUACACCGACCCACCUCCAGCCAACCCAUUUACCUGUGCUGCUAUGGCCAGUUCUGAGCACCAAACAGAGCCAACACUUCUUGCCACAGCAGGAGAUGGGAAGUCUGCUUGGCCCUUCCUCCCCACACUGGGCUGA